GUCGGUUACGUUGUUUCACAUAACAAAGUACGAAACCUUCCGAGUUGAAAACCAAUUAGAGACAGGCACAGGAGAUUUUGAGGAUUAUCAGGUGUUGCAAAUAUUAAAUAAAGUCAUGGAUGAUGUGCAGAAGAAUGAUGACAGUAAGCAUGUAAAGGUGCACUUCGAAUCUGAUAUGGUUAAUUACCGCCGAAAUUCAAGCUUCCCAUCAUCUUCUUCAUCAUCAUCAUCUUCAACUUCAUCAUCACCACGUUCAUCACUGGAAUCAGAUGUUACUGACAAAGCAGAUGUCAAUGGCUCUUUUGAAACUACACAACAGCGCCAGGAGUCUCAGGGGCCUCCGCCAUUACCAGAGGCUUCUUCUUCUCAGACUCUUGCUUGGAGCCUGCAAAGUGGAUCAUCAGGACAAUCCUCUCAACUUCAGACGAUGGGGCGGCCUGCAGGAUAUGAUCCAAGUCGAAUCCCAACGUCUAUUUUUGCCAGUAAACCUUCAACAGGCAUGGAUUGGAGUGUUGCUUCAAAUGAAUCAUUGUUUAGCCUUCAUGUGGGGAACAACAGUUUCUCAAGAGAGCAAUUUUCUAUGCUGUAUAAAUCUGGAGAACUGACCUACCCUGAUGAGUUGUUUUACAUUCCAACUCCACUUCCCACAGUUACCGAAGCAGAAACUGUUGAAAUGAAGAUUCACAAUGUGGAGAAAGAGACAGUUGAAAAUAAAGAUCCAAACGUGGAGAAGAAGAGUGUUGAAAAUAUGAGUGCAAAUGUGGAUAAGGAGAAGGUUGAAAGCACGAGUGUAAAGGUGGAAAUGGACUUGGUAGAAACAGAAGAAGCUGCAGAUGAAUCUGAAAAGACAGAUUUAAGUGAUAUUCCCAGUGAUCAUGGUGGAAAUAAGGCGCCUCUUAUUGUGGAAAUCAGGGGUUCUGCUACCUCUUACCGUUCUGAUGACAGCAAUCACAGCACCAAGUCAUUCCAAUUUCCACUGUUGGCAGGUCAUGAGGCUGGAAGACAUAGCCCUGCACAGAUGACGUCAGUAAAGCAGCAGCCAGAGCAGCACACACAGCAGGAGAUGCAUAAGCAGGAGGACGAGCCUGAAACGCCUGAUACACCUGAAACACCCGUAAAGGCUACAGCUCCAUCAUCCAGUUGGUUUUCUUGGUUUUACUGUUGCAUGGUCUGUCGUUGAGAGAGGGAUAGAUUUUCUUCCUAAUGAUCAUGCCGUGAUCUCCUUCAAUAAAAGAGAAGCCAUAGAAAUGAUGAACCAAGAGAGUGAACAAUUGGAAAUUGAUGCACAUAGAUGAUGACAGAUCUAAAUGGUGUUAAAUGGUAGAUGUGGUUUCAAAACUGAUGUACAGACAUACGUAUACGGUAUAUGUAUAUGUUGGAGAAAUUGGUUUGCACUCAACACUAAUUCUGCUUAAUAGGUAUCUUCAAUAUUGCAAAAUCUGACUCUUGUUAGCCA